CACAGGUGUCGCUGUUAGUCCCUGCCUGAGUGCCUCUGGCUGUGUGUUUGGUUGGUACAAGCGGCACAAGCUGGAGCUCCCCGCAGAAAGAGGAUGGGGAGCGGGGCCGGGAUAGUGAGCUGUAGCUCUCUCCUUCUCCUCUGCCUUCUGGGGGUCUGUGCCGAGGAACCACAAACUGCUUCCCUUGCUCAGAACUCUUGGGGAGACUUCUGGCUGGUACGCUUCCUGGUGAAUGUCAGCGGUUACGGCACCAUAUUAGUACCAGGAUACUUGUUAAUACAAUAUUUCAAACGCAGAAACUACCUGGAGACAGGGCGAGGCCUUUGUUUCCCUCUGGUAAAGUCCUGUGUUUUCGGUCAUGAGGCAAAGUCUUUGGCACCUGAGGACCCAUCACCCACUCCGCGGAUUGAGGGUGACCCAUCCACUGCCCAGCAAGCUUUUAAACUUCUGUUCUGUGCGGCUGGCCUUCAGGUUUCUUAUCUGACCUGGGGAGUGCUACAGGAGCGUGUGAUGACCCGGACAUACUCCUCUGUUGACGGUGGCUCAAGAGAACGAUUCAGAGAUUCUCAGUUUUUGGUCUUCAUGAACCGCAUCUUGGCCCUAACCGUGGCUGGAAUCUAUUGUUCACUUGCUAAGCAGCCUCGCCAUGGUGCCCCUAUGUACAAAUACUCUUUUGCCUCACUCUCAAACAUCCUCAGUAGCUGGUGCCAGUACGAGGCUCUUAAGUUUAUCAGUUUCCCCACACAGGUUUUAGCCAAAGCCUCCAAAGUCAUACCGGUUAUGCUGAUGGGCAAACUGAUCUCCCACAAAACCUAUGAGUACUGGGAGUACCUAACCGCAAUACUCAUCUCUGUUGGAGUCAGUAUGUUCCUCUUAUCCAAUGGAGGAAGCGAUCGCCCUUCUGGAGUCACAACCUUCUCUGGUGUGGUUCUUUUAUCUGGCUACAUAAUCUUUGACAGUUUUACAUCCAACUGGCAGGAUUCCCUUUUCAAAUACAAGAUGUCUUCUGUACAGAUGAUGUUUGGUGUUAACUUGUUCUCUUGUCUCUUCACUGUUGGUUCUCUGCUGGAGCAGGGUGCCCUGCUAGAGGCUGUUCGCUUUAUGAUGAGACACCCAGACUUUGCUUUCCAUGCAGGACUACUCUCCAUAUGUUCUGCUUUUGGACAGCUCUUUAUCUUUUAUACCAUUAACAAGUUUGGUGCUGCAGUGUUUACCAUAAUCAUGACUCUGCGCCAGGCCCUUGCCAUCCUUUUGUCCUGUUUGCUCUACGGACACCCGGUCUCGGCAGUAGGAGGUGUGGGCAUUGCAGUUGUCUUCCUCGCUUUGUUUCUCCGAGUUUACGCCCGGGGGAGAAUGAAAAGGAAGGGUAGGAAAGCUGCAGAUGCCCCUGCAGUACAGAAGGUCUAAGAUUCUGCAGGAGAGAAGACGCUGUGUUACCGUGGCAUAGAGUGUGCUCCUCGUUCCUCACUUGGAUAAUCUAUUUAGACUGGACCUAUGUUUGCUAGAGUCACUGAGAAAACAAAAGCACUGAACUCUACGUCAGAUAAUGUUUUUAUCAAUCUAGUUAAGUUUAUCUUUUGGUGUUUGGCAGUAGUGGGAUCUGUGACCUCUGACACAGGCUCCUCUGCAAACAUUUAGCAAACUUGUUUAGUGCAACAUGAAAAGAGAACUUGUGGCAAUUUGACUAUUGAAAUUGUAUUUCUAAGUCUAUUUUUUUUUUAUUCUUAAUCAGGGUGUACUGCAGUAUUAAAUGGUACAUUUCAUCUGUG